AUCAAGCAAGCUGCAUAAUAAGAAUUCAAAACCAGUUUUGCUUUCUCUCCUUUUCUUCUUCUUCUUCCUAUUUUUAUCUCAUUAAAAUGGAAACUAAUAAUACUUUAAAUGUAAGCAAGCAACAAAAUAUAAAAUCAACAAUGAAAUCAGAUUUGGAGUCGAAUGUGAUUUUACUUGAUUUUAAGGAUGUAGAUCAAUUUGAUUUUCAAAAAGUAAUUCCGGAUGAUGAUGUAUGUAACUAUUCUUCCUCAGAUGAAUUUGAAGAUGCUUCAAGUACAAAAGUUGAUAGCAUAGAGAACUCGGAUUUGCAGCAAUACGGAUCGUUACAAGGUAUAAAAAUAUACAAUAAUGAGGAUUGUCAAACCCCAAGCUUACCGAAACAAGUAAGUAGCAGUAACAGUAGCAGUAGCAAUAGUCGUAGUAGUGACUCUUUCAUAAAAUCAACUCAAACACGACAAGAUUCAAUCGUUGAAAAUAAUAAUAGUGCAUUGCUAGUUAGUUAUUAUGAUAAAUUAUUAGCUAAAUUCACUUCAAGAAAAGGAAAUCAUAACUUUACUAAACAAAUACAGUUAAAGGAGGAAACUAGUCAUAAUUUAGAAUUAUUAAAAGAAGAACAGCAGGAAGAUGUAGAUUGGGGUAUAACUGUAUAUAUUUAUUUAUUUAUUUAUUUACAUCUAUAUGAGAACUUUUUACAUAUUAACUGUUUUCUUUUUAUAUGUAUAUAUAAAGCAUUUUGGACAUCUGUUAUAUUUAAUUUCAAUCAUGUCAACAAAACAGAACAUACUAAGCUUCGUUUACAAUUAAGUAACGGUAUGCCACCUCAAUUACGCGGUAAAUUAUGGAGAAUAUUUUCUGAUUCUGAAACUGAUAAUGACUUGAUCGAGAAUGAAUAUCGUGAAUUACUUGAUAAGACAAGUCCAUACGAAAAAUUAAUGAAGAGAGAUGUCUCACGAGCAUUUCCAAAUUUACCUUUCUUUAAGGAAAAAGAUGGACAGCAGAUGCUAUUUAAUGUGAUAAAGGCUUAUAGUUUAUUUGAUCAAAAUGUUGGUUAUUGUCAGGGCAUACAUUUUGUUGUGGGCUGCCUUUUAUUACAUAUGCCCGAUGAAGCUGCUUUUAGUGUACUUAUUAAAUUAAUGACUCAAUAUGGAUUAAGAGGACAUUUUACGCCUCAAAUGGAAACUUUACAUGAACGAAUGUAUCAAUUUAAUCAACUCUUAAAGAUGCAUGUACCUCAAGUAUUUCAUCAUUUAGAUGCUCAAGGCGUAUUACCUAGCAUGUAUGCUUCACAAUGGUUUAUGACUUUAUUUGCUUAUCGAUGUCCUCUAGAUUUAGUUUACCGGGUCUUUGAUCUUCUAUUUGUGGAGGGCUCUCAAGUCAUUCUUCAUUUUACUUUGGCUCUAAUGAAAAAGAAUCAGCAAACAAUUUUAAGUCUAGAAUUUGAAAACUUAUUAGAAUUCUUUUCUAAUCAUGUUUUUGAUGUAUACAAGGAUGAUGCUUUCCAAUUUGUUCAAGAUGCAUAUACUUUCGACAUUUCAUUACGCUUAUUAUCUAAACUUUCAAAACAAUAUCAGGUUAAAGCAAAAAAGGAGGCUAAAAUCCAGUCUAUUGAAGAUGAUAUAAAACGUGAAAAUAUUAAAUUACAAAAGCAAUUGACAGAGUUACAACACUCUUACAAGACAUUGGAAUUAGAGCAUCAAGAGGUAGCACAACAGUUAAUUCAAGCAAAGAUAAAUAGGGUGAAUUUAGAUGUUGAAAAUCAACAGCUAAAACAUGAAUUAUCAGUCAUGAAGGUAAAAGUGGAGAAAAUAAAGACAUCUGUUAAUGGUAAGCAGCAACAAAAGUUUGAGGAAUUAGUGAAACAAAAUGCAUAUCUUAUCGAAACGAAUACAAUUCUUGAAGAUAAAUUAUCUGAAUUAGAAGUAGACCUUAUUUAGAUGAUAUUAUAAUGAAUAUAAAACAAGAAUUGAAUAAAGGCCUUAUUUUUUUUUUAAAAAAAA